UGUGAAUGUGAAUUGAAACUGUCCCAUUUUACCUUGCCACCUAUCUCUUAACUCUUUUGGUUCCGCUGGCCAUAUGUCGCGGCCAGUCUUAAACCUGCUGCGCGUUUCUAGGCUUCCAAUAUUUACACAGUUGCACUUAGAGGAGGCGCUGCUUCGAGCUACAACGGAUAACUGGCUUAUCAUUAACGACGGAGCCUUUCAUCCGGCCAUAGUAAUCGGCAUCUCAGGCCGCCCCCAGGAGCUGGUCCACUGCGAGGAAGCCUUGCAGCAUGGCAUCCAAGCCAUCCGCCGAUUCACCGGCGGCGGCACAGUCGUGGUGGAUCAAGAUACGGUGUUCUCCACGUUAAUUAUGCAGGGCUCCUCCUUACCUCAGGUGGACUGCUUUCCGCACCCCAUCAUGGCAUGGACGGAGAAGCUCUACCGGCCAGCCUUCGCGGCAGCUGGCUGCCCCGAUUUUACCCUCCGGGAAAACGACUAUGUGGUGGGCAGCGGCCUCAAGGUGGGCGGCAACGCGCAGGCGAUCACGGGUCGCCGCUGGCUGCACCACACCUCCUUCCUUUGGGACUACCAGCGGGAGCACAUGGCGCUGCUGAGGCAGCCCGCCAAGGCGCCCAAGUACCGACAGGGUCGGCAGCACGGGGAGUUUGUGACACGACUGUGCGACGUGCUGAGUCCGCACCGCGGCCGGCAAGCGCUGGUGCAGUCCAUAGCGGCCUCGGCGGCCGAGCUAGGGUUCGAGUUGCAGGAGCGCUCCCUGGCAGAGGCGGCUCCAGCGCUACAGCACCGGCCACUGCUGCUGGGCUCAAAGCUACUCGACCUGCGCUCCUUCGCUGCCUCCGCUGUGGAGCCGAACAGCAACAGCAGCGGCCGAUAGGACGGCGAUAACCGUGCAAGCUAGCACAUUAGCAGCAGCGUGGUCUUCCUGUCCACGUGAUCAGCGGUAUAGCUUUGGUAGCGUGCUAUCAUACAUUCAUACUUGGGCAUACUGCUCAGCUAGCUUGAGUAGUGUUGCAGGUGUGGUUGAGAUGCCAUGAACCAAACAGGUGGUGCGUGAGAUUGCAUAAAGGCUUGGACGUUACACGGUUUAGUAUGUGCUUGGAUCGCACUUGCAGUUUGAAUAUUAUAUUUAUUUAUUAUACUUCACACAAUGGAAAAGACGAGGACACUGCAUCAAGCUGCACGCUGACAUCAGCAUGCUGAGUAGCCAACCAAGACUGGUCGUGACCUGUCCCGAGGAUAAGUAAUAAUGAGCAGUGGCCUGGGUUGUUCAGUGUUCAUCAAAUUACUGGACACAUGUACUCGACACAUGGAAGCUUGCAUGCCCUCGAUAGUACGUUUGUUCGGCGAUUGCGGCCGUUCACGCUCGUUAAUGACAAUACGAUUG